GUGAUCUUUGAUUUUGUAAAAUUUCUAUCUGUCAAAUAAUUUUUCCGUAAAUUUUCAAUUUUAUGUUUUGAUCGACACCGAAAUGGUAUUUAUUUCGACAAUGAAUAAACUUAUAAUUAAUAGAGCUCAAAUGCUUUUACUGACAAGAGGCAUGUGUGUGCCUGCUGGCACUGCCGGAACAACUCCAACACCUAAAAAUGAAGACCGUAUAAUGUCAAGAAAAUUUAGACCUUCUAAUUUUCAGAAAACUAUUCUCGUUUGGACGAAAAAAUUUAAAAGCAAGGAAGAAAUACCUACAUUUGUAUCUGCGGAAGUGAUUGAUAGAGCAAGAAGUGAAGCGAGGAUAAAGAUAUCGAAUGUCUUAAUGGUCCUUACUGCCCUUGCAAGUUUAGGAGCAGUAUUAGCUGGUAAAUCAGCUGCUAAAAGAGGUGAAUCUGUACACCAAAUGAAUUUGGAUUGGCACAAGAAGUACAAUGAAGAGCAAUCAGCAAAAGUGGAGGUAGCAAAGCCUACAAAUUAAUAAUGCUUUGUUAGACAAACAGUUGCAAUGCUACAAUUGGUUUAGGUACAAGUUUUAUUGUAUUUUGUAAAGUUUUAGUUAAGUGCAGAGCUUAAUAAUAUCUAUUUAUGUAA